AUUACUCACAAGACGAGGACAAAUUUAUUCCAUUCGCGUCAAGGGAUUAGUCAACCAAACAAGAUUUUUGUAGGCGAACUACAAGAUUUAAUCAAUGACGACAACUCGUGAUCCUUCAACGAACAAAGGUAACAAAGCGGUAGAACUCCUUUGGUUCAGUAAACAUAACAAUUUCAGUACCGAGGUGAAUUGAAUAACUCACGCGAAGACGAUUUCGUGUAAAGGAAACCAUACAUUGACAGAGAUCUCGAGCAAUUGGCUGAAACAUGGCUGUUACAGAUCAGAAUAUUUUUGUGAUGGUUUUUCUGAGCAUCUUUUCUUUAUUCAUCGUUACAUCAAACUCCUGCGUUUGCCUCUUGGUCAUCUCGAAGAAAGCUCUACGAACCACCACGAAUUGGCUGAUGGUGUCACUUGCAGUGUCGGACAUAUUAAUAGGAGGAGUUUUACUGCCUGUUUACCUCAUCGAGCCAUUUUCGAUUGUAACAGGUUAUUUAGUGAGCGUAAUUUUACUCUCAGGUGUUGCAAACCUAUGUGCUGUCACAUACGAUCGAUAUGUUGCAGUGAUCAAGCCAUUGGAAUACCCGUAUCGAGCUCCUAAGAUACGAAGAAGGGCUCCUUUACUUUCCUGGUUACUUUCAUCGAUUUACUCUUUACUGCCUCUGUUUUGGAACGCUGAUGUCAACCUCAUAGUGCAUAAGGUUUACAUGAUUUGUUUACAGGUUUUUGGUAUCAUUGUGCCUUACACUUUAAUGACUUUGGCAUACGUGCGAAUGUUUAUGGAGGUUCGGAGGGGUCUGACCAGGAACGAACAUCUGAAAUCCUUCAGAGUGCACAAUCACGAAGGAAGACGAUUAUCUUCGGACGCUAAGGUGGCAAAAGUGUUUGCCAUAUUUGUUUUAGCUUUCCUUCUCUGUUGGCUGCCAAUCAUCUACAUAACAACUGCAAAAAUUGUUAAUAGGGAUGACGUCAUUCCAGAAGCCCUCUCUGUUUCGUCUUUGUUUACAGUGGCGACAUGUUCACUGUUGAAUCCACUCGUGUACACUUUUCUCAAACCGGAUUUCAAGAAGGCCAUUUGCAACUUCUUUCGGACGCGUUCUCCCACAAACACGGUGUUAAACGGGCGUGGUGUCUCCUCAGAAGGAGGAAUGCGAACUAAAAUGAAUGUCCAACAAAGGAAUUUAGAACAAGGAAAAAUACAUUCAAUGGAAGAUUUAUCCCAAUUUUCACUGGAUUGCAAAUGAGUUUGUAUGUCCGACGUUACUAGAUUCUUGUCGUGCCUAAAAUGUCACUUUUAUAAAACAAUUUUGAAGUUCAGCAUUUUUAAGGAAAAAUACAACUUUUUAAUGUAUUUUUUAAAACGGUUAACUUAGAGACUCAAGUUUGUUCAUUUAAAUUCCUUACAUUUCGUUAAAUCGAGGUUGGAUGCCCGGAUCAGUUAUCAAUUAGCAUAGAACUUCCUGCAAAAAAACAUAUCACAUCUUCUCAUUGAAAUAUUUUUCUAAGCUAAUUAGAGGCGGCGAGGUGUUUGUUAAAAUUAAUUGAGUGGUGCACAAAAGCUGGGGGGCUACAACCCCCUUUCCCUCCCCCCAGGUCCGGUGCAUUUGACUCCAGCAGCUCAAAGAUCACAUGACUAACGUAUCAGGAUGACUGGGCUUGAGUUAUAUUAUGGUUAGGAUUUUAGAAAAUAACAGGAAGAACAAAAAAGUUCAUUUUGCCCUUAAAGCAAUUCGCCUUCUUUAAAUUAUUUUCAGAAUUUAUCGGGGUUCUCCCCCAUACUGAUUACUACUGACUGAAAAAAAGGAUUUGGUUCUCAGUGAACGAACGAGUAUAAACCUAACGAUAAUAUUACUCAUAGUGGUCUAUUCGAAUCUUGCGAACUUUCUUCUACCUGCUGUGCUAUCGAAAGCAGGCACAUCAAUGUGAUUAAUAAAAGAAACUCUCAAUUAACAAUAAUUUUUUUUCUGAAAAUUAUUUCGAUAAGUUCAUCAUUUUUCAAUAAUAAAAGGUGGGGUGAGUAACCCUAUCAAAUAAGAAGA